GGAUGCCAUCCUUUCGCUAUUUUUUCAUCGUUUUCGUUCCGGUUGUGAUAGCCGUUAAGUUGAACAAAUGCCGUGACACGGACAUGAACUGUGCGACUUGGAUCGCUUCCAAUAGGUCGAGUUGUGACGAAUCGGGUCUUGUUAUGGAGCAUUGCCCACGGAUGUGUCAGACAUGUGGGGAAGUCAUCGACCCAAAAUACGACAUUCGUCGAUUGCCUUCUGAACUGCAGCCUGUCGCCUGGAUGGUUGGAA